AUGGAAGCCAAGCCUAUGCCAGCCAAACAAAGCAAAAGGCUACACCUCCUGACUGCAAAGGAAGUAGAAGAUGAGAUUAACCAAGGAACCACCAUGUACGCCCUAGUGGCUCGGGAAACCAAUGAAGAAGUAGGUGAACCCAUUCCUAAAGAGGUCCACCCACUCCUUAAAACCUUUUCUGAUGUAUUCCCUGAAGACUUACCUAACCAAUUGCCCCCUCUGCGUGACAUACAACACGCGAUAGACUUGAUGAACUCCUGCAACGAGGAUUCAUCAAAGAGAGCCUUAGCCCGUGUGCUGUUUGAUGAGGACAUCGUCAGCAUUUUCGAUGCCGGAGAUCGAUGUGCUGUUCCUGCACUGCUGACUUCCAAGAAGGACGACUCAUGGCGAAUGUGUGUCAAUAGCCAUGCUAUCAACAAGAUUACUGUCAAGUAUAGGUUCCCCAUUCCCCGAUUGGAUGACAUGUUAGACAUGAUGACCGGAGCCACCCUCUUUUCGAAGAUUGAUCUUAAGAGUGGUUACUAUCAUAUUAGAAUUCGUCUAGGAGAUGAGAGCGGAAAACUGAGUUCAAAACGAAAGAUGGACUUUAUGAAUGGACUCACCAUCGUAGCAUCAAUAACGGACUGCUUUAAGCAAGGAGAAUUUCAUUGGACUAUACCCGCAACUAAGGCUUUUGAGAAAAUUAAGAAACGAAUGAUGGAAGCCCCUGUAAUGAGAUUACAUGAUUUUUCUAAAGUUUUUGAGGUGACCUGUGAUUCGUCAGGAAUUGGCAUAGGCGGAGUCCUAUAUCAAGAGGGUCACCCUGUCGCUUACUUUAGCGAGAAAUAUAUUAAUUCUCAAAAGAAACUCAAUGCCCGGCACGGCCGUUGGGUCGAAUUCCUCCAAGAAUACUCUUACACAGUUAGACAUAAGGCCGAAGCUGAGAAUAAAGCAGCUGAUGCUUUGAGUCUUAGGAUAAUGGUCACUAGAGAAAUGAGAACGGAAGUUGUUGGAUUCGAACGCAUCAAAGAAGGCUAUAAGGACUGGCCUGAUUGUAAAGAAGCAUAUUUGUCACUAACGAUUGGAAAUGAAUAG